AUGUCUGGUCGCCCGCUCGCAGGGCCAUCACCCCUCUCGGGGCCGUCGCCGCGCGCUGGCCCCAGCCCGCUCGCUGGGCCGUCGCCCCGACCCGUGACUGGGCCGUCCCCCCGCAACCCUGGUCCAAGCCCACGGCCGGCGCCGAGCCCAGCAGGCAGACCGCGCGGACUGCCGACGCCCACACGCCCCUCGCCGGCGUCGUUACCUGGUGCUGCGAGCCCAAACGUCCCGAGCAAGCGGCGCGAGAGCUCGAUCGCGACAGACAAGCGCGAGCCCAAGCGCCCCAAGCUCCCGCCCGGCGCGCAGUGGAUCACCAACCAGGUCGACGUGAUGCAAAAGCAGUACAAGGACGCGCUUAUCGCGGCUACCAUGAUCCUCCAGUACAAGGCUGACUGCCAGGCCAUCGGGUACGCAUCCAAGCCCCCACGGCGGCUCGAGAUCCGUCUCGAGGCCGCGUGGAAAAACUACGACGCAACACGGCGCCAUGUCGAGUGGUUUAUCGUGAGUGGAGCGCGUGGGGCGCUGUCUGACCAUCAGGCGCAGAAUGUGGAGUAUGCCGCGGCGCCGGACAAGUUCAACGCGCGCUUGCGGCCACCUGCAGCGCUCGCCCCGCCGCCGAUACCCACGCCGUCGCCGGCCUCGGCGCUGCCCGCGCACCUGACGCACACGCCAAACGUGUCGUCUCCCAUCCCCUUGUCGUCGACGUCCUUCCUCUCGCAGAACGCUCACCCGCCAGCUGUGACGGCUCCCGCUCAGCCAGUGCAGGAGAACGUCUUCCCCGAGGGGCUCAUGUUCCCCGACGGCAACAUUGACCUCUCCAACCUGGGGAUGGACGAGCUCAACGCCAUCAUCUCUGGCGCGAACGGCAUGGAUGCGCAGCAGCAGGCCGCCGGGACGCCGGGCGAUGUGUUCGCCAUGACGCCCAACACGUCCAAGCUGCUGGCGACGCUCGAAGGAAACGGUACGCCAGCGGCGCAGGCCGCGCCGACGCCGUCUGCAGGCGCGCAGCAGGCCACCCCGGCGCCUGAUGCGACGCCCAGCCAGGCGCCUCCAGCGCCCACUGCGCCUGCGGGGGACAGCACGUUCGACUUUACGUUUGACCCGGCCGACAUGGACCUGUCCAACCUGGACCUCGAGGCGCUCGAGGGGCUGUUUGGGGGUGGAAAUGGUGGUGGCGACGACGGCGGAUUGGCUGCCCUCGGCGAGGUGUCGGGUAGCGGGGAUGGCGGAGCAGCUGGCACGGACAACGCAGGCACAACGGCACCCGCCGACGACGCGGGCGGCGAUCUCAACCUCGACGCGCUGCUCGCUGGUGGCGACCUCACUGCCCCGCCGGUGCCCGAGCCACCAGCGCCAGUCGAGCAGUCGUCACAGCCGACAGCCCCCGUACCAGCCCCCGAGCCCGUCGUCUCGUCACUACCAGACCCCGUUCCUGCACCACAACCCGCCCCAGACGCCACCGCGACAGUCACCUUCGACGACACCAACCUCGGCGACCAGGGCGGUAUGGGCGACAUCAACUUUGACGACUUUAAUUUCGAUGACCAGAUGCCGCAGGUUGACGGCGACGAGUUUGCGUCGCUGUUCGCAGAGUUCAAGUAG